UAACCAUAUGAUAUUGACACAUUUAUUCAUGUGGCCCAUUUCAUUGGAAGGUAUGUAAACAUCGAUAAAAAUCACUUUUAGGAUAACUAAUUGAAAUAUUGCUUAUAUCAAGUGUUGAUUGUUUAAGAAUUGUGGGUCAUUCAUGGGUGAGAAUUGUUCUGGAACACAUGUUGAAGAUGAGUCUGAUAUUCACGUACACUUUCACCAUAGUGAAUUUACGGAGUCAGACCAGUUCAGUUUGGUGGAGGACAGACCAACUUCAUCCAGCUCUUCAACCUCCAGCUCCAGCUCCAGUAGUCUUCUUAGUUUCCAUUCCGCAGUUACUGAACCAUCGAGUCAAAAACACAUAAAUCGUCUCAAAAAAGAAUCACCAUCGUUGUGUAAUUAUUUGAAAUCUGAGUCCACAUCUUCUGCAGAAUUUACUGACAGUCCACAAGAAGGAUCAGAGUCUGACAUUUCAGAACGCAAAGAUGUUGAAGAUGCUUGUGCACGGGAAGAUGAUAUUUUCCAUAAAGGUGAUUUUCCCUUCAAAACUCACCCUCUUAUAGAUCCUGUUGGGUGGAUUAAAUGUGCAUCGAAUCAAGACCCAUGGAACAAAGAUAACUAUUUUACAAUGGGUAUGUCAAGAAGUUGUGAUGGAAUUUUAACUCCUGAGUUAAUCUCUGAAUGCGCAAGCAGGCUUGAUAAGUUGCCCGACUCAAAAGCAUUUGUCCUGACAAGGCUGCACAUCGAACAAAAGGGGUUGGAAGACAUCUCUGUUUUGGAACACUACAAAUAUUUCCAAUAUAUUGAUGUGUCAUGGAAUCUCCUUGUCAGUCUUCAUGCUCUUAGCAAUUGUACCUAUCUUAUAUAUCUGAAUGCCUCACAUAAUAAGCUGACAACAGUUCUGGAUUUUAAACCUCCCUGGUUCCUAACCCAUGUCAAUCUUGAGAAUAAUGAAAUUAAGGAAAUCGGCCAAAAUCUGUCAAAUUUUUGGUCACUCUGUCAUCUCAAUUUAUCUUCUAAUUUCAUUGAGAAAAUUGAAGGACUUGGACAUCUAAAGUAUUUGAGAUAUUUAAACCUCUCCCACAAUAAAAUAAAACGGAUAGAAAAUUUGGAUUGCAUUCACCUAGAAGAGUUCAACCUUGAUUAUAAUGAAAUUUCGGAGUGCGAUAUGGAGGAAGGAGGUUUACAAGCAUUAGAAAACAUCAAGAUAUUAAACUUGGCCCAUAACCAGCUGUCAACUCUCGCACCAUUUCAGGACCUGUUCACACUGAAGAAGCUCAACAUCAGCUGUAACUGUGUGACGGAACUGUACGAGAUCAACAAUCUGAAGGGUGACACCAAAUGUUAUGAACUGAAUAUUACCAACAAUCCUGUGUGCUCUAACAUCGGAUACAGAGAAUUCGUAAUUUAUUUGUUACCUAACCUCAGGAUACUUGAUACUGUUCCCAUAAAGUGUAGUGAACGAGUAGCAGCUAAAAUGUUGCUGGAGCCAGACAUUUUUACAAGUGCCCAACAUCUGCGGACCAAAUUAGAGCUGUGGAACCAGUUGGCAUUGCGAGAAAUCAACACAGAAACUAUCCCGUCCGAUGAACCUCCAGUGCCUUUGUUGGUGUUGGUAGGAACAUUUAUGAACGGGAGAGAGGAAAUCGCUAAGGCACUUAUCCUCAAGUUUCCUAAUCAGGUGUACAGGUGUAAAAAAUACACUACAUUGCCAUUAGAGAAAAACCGUAAUACUGAUCACCUCAAAUCAGUUUCUAUAGAUGAGUUCAAUAACAUGAUCAAAACUGGAAAAUUGAUCUUUUAUUAUAAAGAAAUUGGUUUCUUUUUUGGAAUGUGUCAGGAUGAAAUAAGUACAUGCAUAGUUGAGGGCAAAAUUGGUCUAGUUGAUACAAUCUUGGAAGCGGCUUUGGUAAUGAAAUAUUCUCAGCUUCGCCCAUUUCUGGUUUUAAGUGUUACUGAAGAUGUUGAAAGCUACAGUGAGAAACUGAAGAACUGCUUCAUGGAUUUGGAUUUGUGGACUAAAUAUAAUCCUGCAGUUUCCAAAAAUCUUAACUCUGGACAAAAACCAAAGCGGUGGUCAGAAUCAAAACCUGAUAAUUUGAAAGCUAAAUCAUCUCAUGAAAGCAUCAUUAAAACACCGAGCUUCACUACUUCUGAUGCUGAUAUAAUGCAAACAAAGGAAUGUAUAACAAGAGAUAAUAAUAAGAUUCACCCAUCAGACGUCAGCUACACUUCUAGAGGAUCAGGGUCAUUAUGCAGUGAGUGUUUGAAAAAAGGAUCAAAAAGGUAUUUUGAAACUAAUUAUGACACUCAGGAAUGUAAAACUUCCAAAACAUUAAUGAACAACAGCAAUACUUGUACCUCCAACAGCCUUGAUGAGAUGAUCCAGAGACUCUUGAACGAUGAUGAUAACCUUUCUGAUGUUAGUUCAGAAGCUGACGAUUCGGAUCAAGAUCCCAACUAUGUUCCAUCAGACAGCGACAGCUCCAAUUGUGACUACAAUGACUCCAGUGAUGAUGAAGAUAUAAUGCUGGAGGAUGCGGUAGGUGUUGUCACUGUAGAUAACUACCUAGAUUCGCAGCCACAAGUUUUACAUGGAAAAAACGGAUAUGAGUGGAGCACUGUUGAGCCUCCAAGAAAAUCGCGAACGCCAGCUCACAAUAUUAUUAGGGGGCUGUCUGGUCUUACUGCUGAGGCUAAAGCUGUGGGCGAAAAUCCAACCAAAAAGGACGUUUGGAAAUUGAUCUUCACAGAUAGUAUGAUAGAUACUAUAGUGAAGGAGGAAACCAAUAGAAAGCUGACGGAGCUUAGAGGAAGAAUAAGUGACCACACAUCAAAGUAUAAUUACAAUCCUGUGAUCAAGUAA